AUGGAUAUAUCUUCCUUUAAAAAAAUUCUUAAUACAGAAUCUACAUCGAUAACUUCUGCAGUGGGUAAUUCAGUAGAUAACACUAAUCAUGUUCUAGCAAUUAAUGAAAAUAAUAUAUCCAAAGAACAAAAAAGAGAUGACGACUCCGACGACGAAUAUUAUCAUAAGAAAUCAACUAGUUCCAAGCAGCGCUCUUCCGCCUCUAAAGUACAAGAAGAUUCUAAUUCAGUUUCUUCUUUCGCUUCUAAAAAACACAAAAGACAAGAAGAUUCUAUUUCAGUUUCUUCUUUCGCUUCUAAAAAACACAAAAAACAAGAAGAUUCAGAUUAUUUAAAAAUUUAUUAUAACCACACUAAUGAAUCGGUAUAA